GGUGAAUGGGGCGAGCCCCUCGGCUGCAAUCCCUGAGCCCCCCAGGCUGCAGGGCAGGGGUGGGGAGCUGUUUGCCAGGCGGCAGAGCCGUGCAGACAGGCUGACUCCACCUCCACGAUGCCGCUCUCAGGAACCCCGGCCCCUAACAAGAGGAGGAAAUCCAGCAAGCUGAUCAUGGAACUCACUGGAGGUGGACGGGAGAGCUCGGGCUUGAAUCUGGGCAAGAAGAUCAGCGUCCCAAGGGACGUGAUGCUGGAGGAACUGUCACUGCUUACUAACCGGGGUUCCAAGAUGUUCAAGUUGCGGCAGAUGAGGGUGGAGAAAUUCAUCUAUGAGAACCACCCCGAUGUUUUCUCUGACAGCUCCAUGGAUCAUUUCCAGAAGUUCAUUCCCACAGUGGGAGGACAGCUGGGUACAGCUGGACAGGGCUUCUCCUACAGCAAGACCAGUGGUGGAGGCCAUGCAGGAGGCAGUGGCUCUGCUGGACAGUAUGGAUCUGACCACCAUCAUCAGGGCUCUGGAUCUGGAGUUGGGGGUGCAGGUGGUCCUGGCGGCCAGCCUGGCAGAGGAGGAGCAGCUGGCACAGCAGGGGCUGGUGAGCCAGGAUCAGAUGGCCAGACAGGUGGAGAAGGAAAACAUAUCACUGUGUUCAAGACUUAUAUUUCCCCGUGGGAUCGGGCCAUGGGGGUUGACCCCCAGCAAAAAGUUGAACUCGGCAUUGACCUGAUGGCCUAUGGGGCCAAAGCUGAACUCCCCAAAUAUAAGUCCUUCAACAGGACGGCAAUGCCCUACGGUGGAUAUGAGAAGGCCUCCAAACGCAUGACCUUCCAGAUGCCCAAGUUUGAUCUGGGGCCUCUGCUGAGUGAACCCCUGGUCCUCUACAACCAGAACCUCUCCAACAGGCCUUCUUUCAAUCGAACCCCUAUUCCCUGGCUGAGCUCGGGGGAGCAUGCAGACUACAACGUGAAUGUUGGCAUUCCCUUAGAUGGAGAAACAGAGGAGCUGUAAGGUGCUUCUUCCUUUAACUUGCAUUAUUUCUCCUCUCUGGCUCCAACUGGGAGAAGGAAUGCAGAGCAGGAUGUCCCCACUAUUAAUCCAGUAUUUUUGUGGCAGUGGAGGGAAAAUAGGGGAGGGAUCUGCCUUUUCAUCUUUUACCCCACGUUCCCACUCCAAAGGGUACUUCCUCACCAACUCAAAACUCCCUUUCUACUUGCUCCAUGUGAAGCCUGCUCGUUCAUGGAUUGUGCUCUGCCACUGGUAACAGUCAAUAAACUUCAAGGAAAUGAA